AUGUCACCGCUUAAGACAAGUUUAAAAAGAUUCGUAUCCACCACAAUGCCUACUACAUUCAAAUCCUUAGUUUAUUCAUCACACGAUGUUCAAGAUUGCACGAAAGUGCUCUCACUUCACAACUACCAUCCCAGCGAAAAAAGCUUGGGAUCAUCCAUAGUGCUACGUGCUCUGGCAUUUCCGAUCAAUCCAUCCGACAUAAAUCAGCUUGAGGGUGUUUACCCUUCCAAACCUGCGAAAACUCUCGAUCUGGGCACUGAAAAGCCCAGUGCAAUUGCAGGCAAUGAGGGCGCUUUUGAAGUGGUACAUGUUCAAGAAGAGGUACAAGGAUUGAGUAUUGGCGACAUUGUUAUACCUUUGCAAGCCAAUUUUGGAACGUGGUCUACAUAUCGGACUUGCCAAGAUGCCUCUGAAUUGGUGAAAGUUAACGGUUGCGACAGAUUCGCAGCCUCGAGCAUUGCCGUCAAUGGCUGCACUGCCUACCAGCUGCUGAACAACUAUGUUGAUUGGGAUCCCAAUGGAAAUGACUGGUUAGUUCAGAAUGCCGGCACUUCUUCCGUUUCCAAAAUAGUCACCCAGUUAGCCAAAAUGCAGAACGUCAAAACUUUGAGUGUCAUUAGAGACCGCGAUAACUUUGAGGAAGUGGCAAAGGAGCUGGAAACUAAAUAUGGUGCCACCAAAGUAAUUUCUGAAUCACAAAACAACGACAAGGAGUUUUGCCAAAAGACUCUUCCUUCCAUCUUAGGCCCGGACGCUCACCUCAAGUUGGCGCUUAACUCUGUGGGGGGGAAAUCUAGUUCCUCGAUUGCUCGCAAGUUGGAUUAUAACGCUACGAUGCUAACGUAUGGUGGGAUGUCUAAGAUGCCUGUAAGCUUACCACCAUCGCUUUACAUAUUCAAGGGUCUCAAGAGCUUAGGAUUUUGGGUAACCAAGAACUCGUUAGAUAAUCCUGAUGAGAAAAGAGAAACAGUGCAAAAAGUGGCACAAUUGUAUGCCGAGGGCAAAUUAAUCUCGCCAAAAGACGAAGUGAGACAAUUGGAAUGGGAUGUUAAAGGAAUGUCGGAUGAUGAAGUCUUAGACCUCAUCAAAACGGGUAUCACCCAAAAGGGCAAAAAGAAUGUUGUUACCUUGAAGUGGUGA